ACCCCCGAGCCCCAGGGCGUCUCCAAGAAGCCUCCCUGAGCCUGCCUCAUCCCUCUCUCUGCUCUGCCCAGCCUUGGAGGGGAGUCUGCCCGAGACCCCUGGGUUUCUUCUGCCCACGCCCUGAGCCGACGCCAGACCCAGAUUGAUCCUCAUCCUAGAGAUUGUUCUGGUUCUGCCCCAUUUCCCCGGAGGCUUUGGGUGCUUUCCCUGAACUUGGAGGGUCAUGAAGCUGCUUCGUCUGUUUUCUGUGGGUGACCCAUAUAUCACUUGUACUCAUGACUCUUCUGACUACCAGGACCGAACAGAGAGGAGUCUUUUAAAAUUAUGAGCGUUUCAUUCUAUCUUGCUUUUCCCACUAUAAUGGAAGAGUGACGGGACUACCGAAUCUCAUCUCUGUGUGGUAACAAGGCCAGGACUUUAUAGUAUGACCGGAGGGAUUUGCAUUGACAAAGAUGAUGCUGUUGAUACGCGGGGAUGCCGAAAGAGGGACAAAAGAGCCCACAUAUACGCACUGUCGAGUCAGAGAAGUAAAUAAUCUUGGGGAUGCUAAGAUACCCGAUCCUUCAAUGAAGUUCAUUUUGUUUCAGUUGUGGCGCUGCCUUAGAGAAUUGUAAAACUGGUAAGAUCAAGUGCCUGUUGAAAGAGACUCACUCUUGGCUAAGAAGAGAAGUAGGAAAUAGGUUAAAUGGAAACCACCCUUGGGAGCUAGAUGCUUGUGUAGCUGUUUUACCUCAUCAGUGUUUUGCAAUGAGUGGAGGAGGAGAGCAGCCAGAUAUCCUCAGUGUUGGAAUCCUGGUCAAAGAAAGAUGGAAAGUGUUAAGAAAGAUUGGGGGUGGGGGCUUUGGAGAAAUUUACGAUGCCUUGGACAUGCUCACCAGGGAGAAUGUGGCACUGAAGGUGGAGUCAGCUCAGCAGCCAAAGCAGGUUCUGAAGAUGGAGGUUGCUGUGUUGAAGAAACUGCAAGGGAAAGACCAUGUUUGUAGAUUUAUUGGUUGUGGGAGAAAUGACCGUUUCAACUACGUGGUCAUGCAAUUGCAGGGUCGGAAUCUGGCAGAUCUUCGACGUAGCCAAUCUCGGGGCACAUUCACUAUUAGCACUACUCUUCGUCUCGGGAAACAGAUUCUGGAGUCUAUUGAAAGCAUACAUUCUGUGGGAUUCCUUCACAGAGACAUCAAACCGUCAAAUUUCGCCAUGGGACGCUUUCCCAGUACAUGUAGAAAAUGUUUUAUGCUUGAUUUUGGCUUAGCCCGACAAUUUACCAAUUCCUGUGGUGACGUCAGACCACCUCGUGCUGUGGCAGGCUUCCGAGGGACAGUUCGCUAUGCAUCAAUCAAUGCUCAUCGGAACAGGGAAAUGGGAAGACAUGAUGACCUUUGGUCUUUAUUCUACAUGCUGGUAGAGUUUGUGGUUGGCCAACUGCCUUGGAGGAAAAUAAAGGACAAGGAGCAAGUAGGUUCCAUUAAGGAGAGGUAUGACCAUAGGCUCAUGUUGAAACACCUCCCUCCAGAAUUCAGCACCUUUCUUGACCAUAUUUCCUCUUUGGAUUAUUUUACAAAACCGGACUACCAGCUUCUAACAUCCGUGUUUGACAAUAGCAUCAAGACCUUUGGAGUAAUUGAAAGUGACCCUUUUGACUGGGAGAAGAGUGGAACUGACGGCUCCCUAACGACCACCACCACCUCUGCCACCCCUCAGCUGCACACCCGCCUGACCCCUGCUGCAAUCGGAAUUGCAAAUGCUACCCCUAUCCCAGGAGACUUGCUUCGAGAAAAUACAGACGAAGUGUUUCCAGAUGAGCAACUUAGUGAUGGGGAGAAUGGAAUCCCUGCUGGUGUGUCCCCAGAUAAAUUGCCUGGAUCUCUGGGGCACCCUCGCCCUCAGGAAAAGGAUGUCUGGGAAGAGAUGGAUAUCAACAAGAACAAGAUAAAGCUCGGAAUUUGUAAAGCAGCUACUGAAGAAGAAAAUAGCCAUGGUCAAGUGAAUGGUAUUCUCAAUGCUCCAAGCCUUGGCUCACCAAUUCGUGUCCGAUCAGAGAUUACUCAGCCAGACAGAGAUGUUCCUUUAGUAAGGAAGUUACGUUCCAUUCACAGCUUUGAGCUGGAAAAACGUCUGACUCUUGAGCCAAAGCCAGAUACUGAUAAGUUUCUUGAGACCUGCAUGGAGAAAAUGCAGAAAGAUUCCAGUGCAGGAAAGGAACCUGUUCUCCCUGCUCUGCCUCAUAAGCCUUGUGUCCCUGCUGUGCCCCGCACUGACCACGUCUGGCACUAUGAUGAAGAAUAUCCUCCUGAUGCCUCCAAGCCUGCCUCUGCCAACACCCCAGAGCAGGCCGAUGGUGGUGGCAGCCACGGAUUUAUAGCUGUUAACUUAAGCUCUUGUAAGCAGGAGGUUGAUUCCAAAGAAUGGGUGAUUGUGGACAAGGAGCAAGACCUUCGGGACUUUAGGACAAAUGAGGUGUUAGGCCAUAAAACAACUGGAAGCCCUUCAGAUGAGGAGCCGGAAGUGCUUCAGGUCCUUGAGGGGUCACCUCAAGAUGAAAAGAUCCAAGUAGGUCCUUGGACUGACAACCAGCACUUAAAGAAGGAAAGCUCAGGUGUGGUUUUAGCCCUUUCUGCUGAAUGCCCUGCUACUGCUGCUUCAGAACUGUACACAGAUAGGCUAGACCUCCAGGCUGGAGCUGCAAGUCAGUUCAUCACAGUGACUCCCACAAGUCCCAUGGAGGCACAAGCAGAAGGACCCCUGACUGCGAUUACAAUUCCUCGACCUUCUGUGGCAUCAACACAGUCAACUUCAGGAAGCUUUCACUAUGGCCCACAACCAGAGAAGAAAGAUCUUCAGCCCUUGGAGCCCACUGUAGAACUCUUCUCUCCAAGGGAGAACUUCUCGGGCUUGGCUGUGACAGAGGGUGAACUAGGAAGCGGAGGAAGCAGAGUGGAUUUGGGACUUCAGAUAGAUCACAUUGGUCAUGGCAUGUUACCCAACAUGAAAGAUGGUGACGCGUCUCAAGACUUAGGACCAAGAGACCUUCCUGACAGUAAUAGAUUAGUUGUGAAAGAAUUUGAAAAUCUCCCUGGAGAAACAGAAGAGAAAAGCAUUCUUCUGGGCUCAGAUAAUGAAGAUGAGAAGCUAAAUAAAGGGCAACACUGUAUUGAGAUCUCUCUCCCAGGAGAUUUAGUGACCACAGAAAGGGAUCAGUCAGCUACCACAGAACCUCUGGAUGUGUCAAAGACACAGAAUUUCAGUGUGGUGCCUAAUCAGGACAAAAACCAUGAGAUAAUGAAGCUUUUGGCAGUUGGAACGUCAGAAAUGUCUCCACAAGCCAUUGACCCACAUGCUGAAGGGCAGAUAGGCCAGGUGGCAGCAGUGCAAAAACACAAGCUAUUUAAAGAUGACACUAAAAGUGAGAGCUUGCCAGGCCAGCAGGGAGACCUUGCUACUUUUUUGCACCAAGAGGGUAAGAGAGAGAAAGUUGCCCCUAGAAAUGGAGAGCUCUAUCACUGUGUCUCAGAGAGUGAGCAUGGGCCUCCUACCCGGAAGGACAUGCUUCGGUCGUCCUUGGUGACCAGGCACAGCCGGAUCCCUGUUUUAGCACAAGAAAUAGACUCAACUUUUGAAUCAUCCUCUGCAGUCUCUGCAAAAGAAAAGCUUUUACAGAAGAAAGCCUAUCAGCCAGAAAUAGUCAAACUUCUGGUAGAAAAAAGGCAGUUCAAGUCUUUCCUCGGGGACCUCUCAAGUGCCUCUGAGAAGCUGAUGGAGGAGAAGCUAGCUGCUGCUGCAGUUCCCUUUUCUGAGGAGGAAGUCUUCGCCCCCUUUUCCAGACUGGCAGUAGACCCCCAGCUGAGUAGGUCAGUUGAAGAUGGCUUUCUGUCACCCAUCGUCUCCCAGUCUAGAAAGAGCAAGAUUCCGAGGCCAGUAUCCUGGGUCAGCACAGAUCAAAUCAAUAGUUCAGCUUCACCUCAGUUCUUGCCUCGGCCGCCACCGGGAAAGCCACCAGUAAGGCCUGGAGUAGAAGCCAGGCUACGCAGAUAUAAAGUUCUAGGGAGUAGUAACUCUGAUUCAGACCUUUUCUCUCGCCUGGCCCAAAUUCUUCAAAAUGGAUCUCAGAAAUCCCGGAGUACUACACAAUGCAAGAGCCCAGGAUCUCCUCACAAUCCAAAAACACCACCCAAGAGUCCAGUUGUACCUCGAAGGAGUCCCAGUGCCUCUCCUCGAAGCUCUUCCUUGCCUCGAACAUCUAGUUCCUCACCAUCUAGGGCUGGACGGCCCCACCAUGACCAGAGGAGUUCUUCCCCACAUCUGGGGAGAAGCAAGUCACCUCCCAGCCACUCAGGAUCAUCAUCCUCCAGGAGGUCCUGCCAACAGGAGCAUUGCAAACCCAGCAAGAAUGGCCCCAAAGGAUCUGGCAGCCUCCACCACCACUCAGCCAGCUCUAAAACUCCCCCAGGGAAGAGUAAGCCAGCCAGUAAACUCAGCAGAUAGGAAGUGAGCAGGCUGCAUCUCUGGGAAAGGUGUGAGAUCUUCCUUCUAGACCUGAUGCAUGUGUGUCCCUGUACUGUCUGUUUCAAACAAUCAGUGUUGAUCUUCUCUUACAAAAGAAAGUAACAUGAUCAGUUAUUUAUAACAAGACUUAAGUAUAAUUAUCUAGGGCAGGUAGGAAGCACAUCAAGAGUCGAUGCCUUUGCA